AUGAUAUCUCUCUAUUAUAUUCUAAACUUUGUUUUAAUAGGCAUAUAUCCAAUUUCUAGAAUAUUUAGAUUACUAAAUUUCUUUAUUUUGGAUAUUCCAGAUGAAUUAGGUACUACUAGAGAAAACUCAAUAUUUUAUACAAUCAUGGCAUUUACAGUAAUUAAAUACUUAAGAAGUUAUUCUACUCUAUAAUUUCUAAGCUCACUCUUUUUUACAAUAAAAGUUGCAUUAAUAACAAGUUAUUUGUUUGUAGAUAUUAAAAUAAGUUUAUUAUAUGCAGGAGCAUGUUUAAUGAUAUUUGUUUUAUGUAGUGAACCAAAAUUCAAUGGGAAAACUAAAAUUUAAGAUGUUGAAGAUAUUAAAGAAUUUGAAGAAUUGGUUGGAGUUAAAUUUAGAGAUAAUGAUGAAGGUGAUAUUAUUGAAGAAUUAAAUGAAAGAUUUAAAAAGAAAUAAUAAAGAAAAGAAAAAAGUUAAAAAAUUUUAAAUUACAAAAUCACUGAAAUGGUUUUUGCUGAAUUUUAUGUAGAUUGGGCAGAUACUUGUAAUUAUGUAAAAAAAUUAAUUUAUAUUAAGACAAAAGAAAUUUGGGCUAAUUUCUCAUGUAAAUAUACAACAAAAGGAUUGAAAUUUAUUUCUAUAAAUUUAGCUAAAAUACCAAGAUUGGCUGAAUGUUAUAGAAUUAAUACAAGUGCUAUGUCUAGAUAACUUCCCACUGUUAUUCUUUUUGAAGAUGGAGAAGAAGCAUAACGAUUUCCUCCAAUUGAUGAAAAAACUAAUAAAAUACCUAAAGUAUUAAAAUAUGGGAAAAAAGAAUUGCAAAGUUACUUUGAUCUAGAAAAACGAUAUUUAGCUACAAGAGAUUUAUGA